AGCUUGAAUUGUUUGUGCUUUGAAGCCUGAGGCAGCAACUUCCGUCUGGAUCCAGUCCAGAUUUAGUCCUUGAUCACGAGUCCAACCAUCCAAGCGGUCAACAGAGUUCAACAUUCGAAAACAGGCAUAAAUCAUUGUCGAGAUGACUUCGAUAGAUUUAGCAAACGACGAUACCUGGGAUGAUACAGAAUUGCAGCGAAGUUGGAACUCCGCUUUCGCCGAAUAUCAGAAAUACCAUAGCAUAGCUGCUAAGGGCGAUGACUCAGAAGAGAUUCUCAAGGAGUAUGAUUUGAAAGAAAUGCAAGAGAGGUUGCAGGCUCUUCAAGGAAAUGAGGAUAAGGUCUCGGAAUCGGACCAGCCGCUGAAUGAAAUGCCUGUUAAAGCUGAGGAAGAGGAAAUGGUGGCAUCUGGACAACGAGAUGCUCAAGUUGAACAUGUGAACGGAACCACAGGACAACCUGAUACUUUCACGUUGAAGGAUGCAACAGCGGCCACGAACUCGGUAGGACCAGCGAGCGGUACAAUGAGUCUUCCUAAUAUCUCCGACCAAAAUGUGAAACAGAUGCUUAUGUCUUGGUACUGGGCAGGCUACUACACAGGUCUGUACGAGGGACAGCAGCAGGCGUCUAAAGCAGGCGAGUUGAAGCAAUCAGACGCCCCUGGUGCAGACCAAGGUCCUACGAACGGUGGGUGAGACGAACAGCGGCAGGCUCUUGGAGAGCCGAUUAAAUCUUCUAUUACGGAGCUACGGUGUUCGCACGGCGAUCAACGGAAUGCUCCGCGGUGCUCAGAUGCAGGGACGAGUUGAGACAGACGGCGGUUCCCUACGAA